AAUUCAAACGAAUUUAAAACUUCACCAAGUGGACGCACGCAUCGAAUCGAAUUCAUAAUGGCAGAUAAUACAGCGGAAAAUAUACCUGAUAAUGUCAGUGAACUAUCCAGCUUUUCGGACUCUAGUGAUGAAGGAAAAAGGAUUGAGGAAGUACUUCCGAUUGCGGAAGAGGAAGCAGACAAACCGGCUUAUAACGAUGAAGAUUUGGAUACAUUAGUGGGAUUUAUUCGUAACAUGAUAUAUCUAUUCGAUUAUGACUCAAACGAUUUCAACGAUGAAGUGGCUGAAGUGAUCAAACUCUGGCUGAUUGACGCCAAUUAUCCGUUAAUGUUCAUUUAUUACGAUGGGGACAUUCUUUCUGCUUCACUUUCGUUUCCAAAAUGCACUUUCGACGAUCUAAUGUACUUCAUGCGCGAGCCAGAUCAGCUAUUCAACGUAAUUGAACGUUUUCACGAUGACCUGAUGUUCGGAACACUGCAUAAUGACAUCGAAGGGUCAUUAUUGGUCACGCUGGAGCAAGUAUAUGGACCGCUAAUGCUAUCAAACACAGAGUGGUCGGAUGACGUUAAAUCGCACGUUCUAGCUGCAUACAACACAUUCAUGACAUUUUUAACUGAUAUCCAUCAUAAACUCUCUGGCUUCACUCUCUUGUACGUACCACGGGAAGGAUCUGACAUGAAUGUUCAGGAAGUUGUCUUGAACCGUGCAACAAUCAAGCGAUUGGAAGCAGUCGUUAUUGAGUGGACCAGCCAAAUCCGUUCAACUAUCAACGACACGCAGCAUUCUGUCCCCAAUGAUCUCAUCUGUCCGUCUGAUGAAUACGAUUUUUGGAUUUAUCGCCAUGAAAUCUUGUGCGCUAUACAAAGUCAAUUUAAAAAUAUUAACAUACAGCACAUUUUGGAAAUUCUUGAUCUAGCCCAAUCUUUAUACACUAAACCAUUGAGAGAUGUCUUAAAUGAGCUGAUGAAGGAAAUUGAAGUAGCUGAAUCGAAUAUUCCGUUUUUGAAACUUUUAGUUGAUCCUUGCUUCGCUAUUCGUUCACUUGAUAAUGAGGAUGAUCUCUGCUCGCAGCUCAUAUAUGUAAUGCACAUAAUACGAUUCAUUGGAGAAGACUCUUCUCACCUUCGUCAAGAUGAGUGCAUCACUAAGUUAUUCCUGUACUUGAGUAAUGAGAUUGUAUCCUGCUGUAGACAGAGCAUAGACAUAGAAAAGAUUCUUUCUGGAUCACCUUUAUACGGUAUAGAAGUAUGUAACAUCAAAAUAAAUUGCUGUGAGUCAUAUAAAAUAAUAUACGAAGAAAUGAUCGAGCAUUUUAAGGACACUUUCACAUGGAAACUGGAAUACGCUGUUAUUUUCAAUAGGAUCGAUGCGUUUAUGCAGAGGCUUUACGACACGCUGGAAAUAUGCCACGCAAUGACAAUAUUUGGAAAGCACAGUGGCAGCGAUGCAUAUAAAAAUUAUCGAUUUUCUUGUAACAAUGCAGAAAUGUACGAAGAUAAAUGCAAUCAAGUAGAAGCCAUCUUUGCAACAGGAAUUGAAAAGAUUCAAACGGUGUCUGGAUCUAUCUUAAACAUCAACAACAAAGAGUGGUACACGUCCAUUGCGCACUUUCGUGAAAUGUUGAAAAAUUUAGAUGAUAUAAUUGAAAACUUAUUAUCAAACGUGUUCUUGGUUGCGGAUAAUCUGGAGGAAAAAAUCAAUGUUCUCAUCACUAUUCUUAACUUCUACAAAAGAGAUGGCAUACGAGAAAGUUUUAUGCGAAAGAUUUCGGAAAUUUGGAAUGCUUUCAAAGAUGAGCUUACAAGUUUGUCUAAAACCGUUUCCUCGGGAAUCAAUCAUUACCCAACAUUGUUUCCAAAAAAGUCGGGUCAGUAUGCUUUACUAAGGAUUAAAUUCGAGAGAAUAUCACGCCUCAAAGAUCUCUUGGAGCGAUGUAGAUUCUUUCCACAAUGUUCGGAGAGCGAUGAGAUCCUGACCCUAUUUGAAUCAUGCGAAAAGCAAGUAAAAGUAGCACUUAAAACGUGUAACGACUUGUGGAUUAAAUCUGUCAGUGCUGACCUUGGUUCAUGGUACCACCGAAAUCUCAUUUGUCGAAGUCAAAUACGCCCUGGAUUGCUGGAAUGCCACAUUGAAAGACGCAUGCUUGUGAUUUUUGAAGAAGCGUAUCAUUUCAAAGUAUCAGGAGCCGUUGUACCAAGCACCAUAGAUAUGGAUAGAAAUGAUCAUGUUAAAUUGACAUUCGAUAAUGUCAUCCGCAUAAUACUAUAUUUCAACAAUGUCAUAUCAUCGAUUUCUGACAAGGAGCGUUUGUUCUUCAAACCAAUGAUACAACAAACAGAGCGGAAACUAGAACCACUGCGAGGAAAGCUCACUUGGGAAGAAGAUUUAGGCGAGUACAUCGACACAUUUGUGACAAACGUGAAGGAUCUUUUAGACAUCAUUCAAGUGUAUAAGAAAGAAAACACCAGGAUCUCAAACUGGAUGGAAAGCAUUUAUAAUAUAUUGUUAUUCAAAUUAAAACAUGACAAAGGGCAGCAGUUACCAGAUUUCUUGAAUGACAUAAAAAACCAAAAAAGAUCAUCUAUUUCGGAGCUUGUUCGAGUGUAUUCGGAACUGAGCAAGCAUAUAUUCCGCAUUUUCGAAACAUUAGGCUCAAAUAUAAGAAAAAUGGGUGAAAGCUGGGCACAGUAUGUUCAAAAAAUUGAUCGACUUCUCAAAGCAGCCGUCUUCAAUUCUUCAUUAAAUACACUGGAAAAUAUCCUCACCGCUCUUCAAAAAGAAUCAGCUCCAAUAGUAUGCAUUGAACUAAUACUCAACAAGCAUGGGAUAACAUAUCAACCAUCACUGGAAUCGAUCGAAACAGCACUAAAACGUUUACCAAGCGAAGUUACUUCCAUCAUAAAAAUUAUUCCGAGCAUGUGCCAGCGGUUUCAAAUAGAUUCUGAUGGAAGUUUUUAUGAGGAUUUUCUUCAAGACAGCAGAUUUAAAACUAUUGAAACCAAUAUCCACAAACAUAUCAACCAUACUAUAGAGGAACUCUGCGCCUUCAGAGAGAAAUGGAACGUAUUUCGUCCCUUUUGGAGUAUCAACCGGAAAGCUUUCAUUGACAAAUUUAAGCUAUCAAGUAUGACAUCAGAGGCAUUUCAGAAAAACAAUGAAAAAUUUGAAGAGCUACUCAAUCAGCUUGCUACCCAGCGUGACUCAACUAUUUGUAAAUGCGUGGAAAUAGAUGCACUGAAACUAAAAUUUGCAAUAACAAACCAUAUCAAUGAUUGGCAAAUCAAAUACAUAGAAUAUUUGAAAUGUGUUUCCUAUGGUCGCAUUAUAGAAUUCCAUCAAGUUCUAAAACAUAACAUGGAAGCUCUGAGCGUGGAACCGAAGGAAGUUGAAGAGCUAAAAACCCUUGAGAAAACAUAUCAAACCUGUUUUGACAGCAUUCCGGCUUCCAAGGAAGAAAUCGAAACAAUUACAAGAUACUUCAAUGUUUUAGAAAAAUGUGUGUCGGAUUUGCUUCCAGAAGCUUACAACUUGAGACGUAACAUUCAUUCUAACUGGCAGCAGUACAUGGAAUUCUUAAGCAAAGUAAAAGAGCAGAUUGAAAAUUAUCAAAACCAGUUCAAGCUAUCGAUGGCCAACGACGUGGCGGAACUUAAAGUUAAUGCUUUAGAAAUGUUGAAAAUGUUAGAUGAUCAAAUGCCCGUUGAUGAAGAAAUCUUGCCAAAGGAGGCGUUCUUCAAAAUCGACUUACUAUUCAAACGUCUGGAGGACCUUGAAGCACAAGAAAAUCAUAUUAAAGAACAGUAUAAACUACUUGGCAUUGAUUAUCAUCCACUUGACGUUAUAAUUGAAAUAAGACAAAAACUGGAAAACUUGAAACUGAUGUGGGAAUUUGUUGAAAAGUGGACACUUGUCAAGUUACAAAUCGUGUGUCAAACAUACGAUACAAUGAAUGUGGAAGAGAUUGAGCAAAAUAUUAUGUUAAUCACAAGAGAACUUCAAAAAGUGACUGACACACUGGAAAAGGAAAUAACAUACCCGGUCUUAGAAGCUGUGAAAACGGAUUAUCAGAAUGUCCGCAUAACGUUCACGGCCAUGGUUGAUAUGAAAGGGUCACAUAUGAGAGAACGCCAUUGGGAGGAAAUUCAGCUAAUGAUCGAUUUGUAAGUUUAUAAUUGCUCACUAUUUCCCCAAAUGGAGCUAAUAAGUAUAUCCACUAACAAAAUCCUCUUCGAUGGCUCCUACAUCGCGACGGUCACUGCACUGAGAGAUCGACAUUGCUCUUCACUGUACAUAUUCAAUCGAGCGGG